AAACACCAUAAAAGUAAUGACAUGAAUUUUCCCGCUAGCAUAUCUCCCGUAUAGCGGAAUAUGUUAAUCAGUGGCACCGGGGUUAGUAAUAAACUCAAAUUACACGUCUAGCACACAGGACCUUUGUUAGCGAUAAACAUUACUCCCGGUCGUCUGGGGUGCAAGUUGGCGUUACAAGCGCCGCAUUUUCGCAUGCGAGUUGUGCUCCAGCACGUUUGGACUCUGCAAUCCAGCCGUCUCGUAAAUCCAAGGCUUUGAUCGCGCUUGGCUGGACAGAAGAUGUUAAGUUAUCGAGUGGUUCUCGUGGUUGGUCUACUCGCGAUAUUUGGACGACUUGUCUCUGCCCAGCAGCGACCCGGGGUGUGUCCCAAAGCCCCUCCGCCACUGGAAUGCCCCCCAACUCCAGACAACGAGUGUUUGACGGAUGCCGAUUGUCCUUUUUCCGAGAAAUGCUGUUCAGACGGCUGUGGGAAACUGUGUGUAGAACCGGACCCUGAGCCAAUCACUGAGGCUCCCACCUCAGCUCCGACUCCGGAGCCAAUCACUGAGGCUCCCACCUCAGCUCCGACUCCUGAGCCAAUCACUGAGGCUCCCACCUCAGCUCCGACUCCUGAGCCAAUCACUGAGGCACCCCCCACUCCAGGGCCUGCACAAAAGGAGCUUGUUGUCAUUGGACCAGAUGGGCCACCUGGACCUCGAGGUCCUCCUGGUUACCCCGGACCGCCAGGACCCUCAGGAGCCGCAAUUGCCGGAUCUGCGGGACCGGAUGGGCCGAGGGGACCACGAGGCCCCCCUGGAAACCCCGGACAACGUGGACCACGCGGCCCCCCUGGACCGCCAUCAUCAGGAGUAGCCAUGGAAUCCUACCCUGGGGCAAAAGGCCCAGUCUAUAGACCGCUCAUCCAUUACGCCAGUCACAUAGAGGCGCCAGAAAGUGGGAAUCCUGGGCCUCGUGGGCCGCGUGGGGCAUUGGGGUAUCGUGGUAGCUCUGGUCAGAUGGGUGAAUCUGGAGAUCCUGGUAGAUUGGGUGCUAUCGGCAAUCCUGGACCCAUGGGACUGAAAGGGCGCCGAGGACCAAGGGGAAUGCGUGGUAAAGCUGGAAUGUCAGGUCCGAAAGGGUACAGUGGUGAAAAGGGGAUGCAAGGAGACCGUGGAGAAAAUGGGCUUCCAGGAAAACUUGGACAUCAAGGCAAACGGGGCCGCCGGGGUAAACCAGGGCCGGAGGGACCCGCUGGAGUCCAGGGCAUGGAAGGUCGACAAGGAGUUCAAGGCAAAGAUGGAGAAGAGGGCCCUGUCGGAAGAAAAGGAGCCAUUGGCCCACAAGGUCCUCCAGGUGUAAUUGGACCCCAAGGCAAAUCAGGUUCGCACGGGAGACCUGGGGUUGAGGGUCCUCCUGGCCCUAAUGGCGCUCCUGGACGACCCGGUGUCCGAGGUCCUAAAGGCGAAUCCGGGAGUCGCGGUUUACCUGGAAAUCAUGGUGUCCAAGGGGAGAGGGGAUCUCAAGGGGGGAGAGGCAUCAAAGGCGGACGUGGAAACGAAGGCUCAGCAGGAAUUCCUGGUCGCGCCGGAAACAAGGGAGGACGGGGCGACCGAGGUCCAGUUGGUCCCGUUGGUGUUAUAGGAAAUCCCGGUCUUAUGGGCAUUCAAGGUUCUGAAGGCCCCUAUGGUCCGCAAGGGAUGACGGGUGACCGUGGAAAACCAGGACUUGUUGGGGACCCCGGAAAGAAAGGAAUGGCGGGCAGGGCAGGCGCCAUGGGCAUGCGGGGUCUUCCUGGACCUCCAGGACGCAGGGGCAAACGUGGCGAUCCUGGAUCUGACGGAAUCCCAGGAGAGAGAGGUGAUCGGGGUAUUCUUGGAGUACAAGGCGAACCCGGCAAAGAUGGUUCUCCUGGACUAAAGGGUACAAGAGGAACACGGGGCAAGCGAGGAGAGCGAGGAAGGAAAGGUGAUAUGGGUGUGCAAGGACCAGAUGGCGGCGAUGGUGAGCUCGGAGAACAGGGCUCUAGAGGCCGCACAGGGUACCCCGGCAGAAAUGGCCGCCAAGGAAUGCCGGGUGCAGACGGCGAUGAUGGUGUCCCGGGUUCAGCAGGCCUCAUGGGAGUUCGUGGACCAGUGGGCCCUGAAGGCCUUCCAGGAGCUAUAGGACCUGUGGGUUUGGCAGGAACUAAAGGCCUUCCCGGUCCACAAGGGUCGCGUGGAGAGAAGGGAGCUUCUGGCCCAACUGGUGGCAUGGGGCUUAUAGGAAAGCCCGGUGAAAUGGGAUCUUCUGGUCCAGCUGGGCCACAGGGAUCGGCGGGUCCAAGAGGAGAGCAGGGCCUGGACGGAGAGCCUGGAAGUAGCGGGCAGCCUGGGUCCAGUGGUGCUCAGGGUUUCACUGGGAAUCCCGGGCCAGAUGGGAAAAACGGUAAAAAUGGAGAACGAGGUUCUUUCGGUACAAAAGGUGACAUCGGCGCUGUGGGCAUGCAAGGAGAGCGCGGGUUGCCUGGCAGCGAAGGACAAGAAGGGCCCAUGGGACUUCGUGGACCACAGGGUGACAUUGGUGCCAACGGAGACAGGGGAAAACGUGGUGAAAGAGGACCAAAUGGCCAAUCUGGUAAACCAGGUGCUAAGGGUGAAAUGGGUAUGAGUGGACGGAACGGUGGCACCGGAAAACCUGGGAUACCUGGAAUGAAGGGCCUACCUGGUCCAAAUGGCAAAGACGGCCGACCGGGCGAACCUGGAGCCAUGGGUAUUUCCGGAGAGAUAGGACCAACCGGUUCCCCUGGACAGCCCGGCGAUAUGGGCUCGAGAGGUGACAUGGGUAUUCCUGGCAAGCAAGGUUUUCUUGGAGGAGCGGGUUCCCCUGGACCCUUGGGUCAAGCAGGCAUCAUCGGUGACCGUGGCCCCAAGGGCGUUGCUGGUGAUAUCGGCGUAUCUGGAGUAAGAGGACCCACCGGGGAGCAGGGCAGCAGGGGAGAGCUAGGACCGAAAGGCAUGUCGGGAGAACAGGGUGAUGAGGGUGUUCAAGGUCAGUCGGGUGAAACUGGGGGACUUGGGCCAACAGGACCUGUUGGUGAACAAGGAUCUUAUGGACUACCUGGCAAGCCGGGGAGUCCUGGAACGAAGGGUUCUCUAGGCGUGCCUGGGCAACCGGGAGAUCCUGGAAUUCCAGGUUUAGAGGGCCAACCAGGACCACCCGGGAUGGCCGGAUCUGUGGGCGAUAAUGGACCUGUGGGCUUGCCAGGACCGAAGGGAGGUCCAGGGCCUGGUGGUACUCGUGGUCCCGUGGGCCCGCGUGGCAUUUCGGGAAACAAAGGCCCUCUGGGCAUGGACGGCCCUAAGGGAGAGGCUGGAGAGGAUGGUUUACAUGGCAAGGAUGGUAAACCAGGGACCCAGGGUCAACGUGGUAAAGAUGGAAAGAAGGGGAGAGGCGGUCAACAAGGAAGCACGGGGGUAAGCGGAAAUGAUGGACCUAUUGGCUCACCUGGCCUUCAAGGGAAAAGGGGUGCCACAGGCGAUGUCGGGAUACCCGGACAGCCGGGUCUUACUGGAGCGCCCGGUAUACCUGGUAACACCGGGGAAAGAGGUUCGCCAGGAGUAGAUGGAGUAAACGGAGUGCCUGGGUCUACCGGACAUGAUGGCCCACAGGGAACCCCAGGACAGCAGGGUUUGCAAGGGGGAAUGGGCGCGGAGGGUGACGUUGGUGCAAAAGGAAGCAAGGGAGACGUGGGGGCACGAGGUGAUAUCGGGCCGCAAGGCCCAAUAGGGCCUAAGGGUAAUCUUGGAUCCCGCGGACAAUUUGGAGACGAGGGAGAGUCAGGCACCAGGGGACCGCCUGGAUCGUACGGUAUCGAGGGACCCCCAGGGCCCAGGGGACCCCCCGGCGGGGCUGGUCCGAUUGGCGGAAUUGGAGACAAGGGUGACCGUGGUGCGCAGGGCAAAACUGGAAAUCAGGGACCGCCAGGGCUUCCCGGCCAACCUGGGCCCGUUGGAAUUUUACCAAGUGGCAAUGCGCUGAUGGACCGAAUGCGCUCUUACGAGCUUGAAUCACGCAAGCCUGAUACACGUCUUUACCGCAGCAUCUUGGGAUUUAAUGCCAAGGAUCCUCAGAUUCCCUUCAUCACCAAGACAACAGAUGUAGACACGGCUUUCUGGUCUCUCAGUUUACGAGUUGGGCUUUUCAAAAAUCCUCUUGGUACCCACAGGCAUCCCGCGCGUACUUGCCGGGAUCUAAAGCUUUGUAGACCGGAAGCCGAGAGUGGUCAAUACUGGAUAGAUCCGAAUGGUGGGAUCACCGAAGACUCGAUUCUUGUCUAUUGCGACUUUGCUCUCAACGCAUCAUGCAUCACUCCAAAUCAAUCUAUGAGAGGAAGAAGUGGUACUCUGGCCGUGACGGUUAUAAGUGGUUCGCCCAAGACCUUCAUGGCUCCCAACAGUUUCACUACACUUCCGAUCCCAGUCAUUUCCUCUUUCUACGACUGCUAAGACCUGUGUUAAUUACUUACGCAGUUUCACUACACUUCCGAUCCCAGCCAUCUCCUACUCUUUCUACGACUGCUAAGACCUGAGUUAAUUACUUACGCAGUUUUACUACACUUCCGAUCCCAGUCAUCUCCUCUUUCUACGACUGCUAAGACCUGUUUUAAUUACUUACGCAGUUUUACUACACUUCCGAUCCCAGUCAUCUCCUACUCUUUCUACGACUGCUAAGACCUGUGUUAAUUACUUACGCAGUUUUACUACACUUCCGAUCCCAGUCAGCUCCUCUUUCUACGCCUGCUAAGACCUGUGUUAAUUACUUACGCAGUUUCACUACACUUCCGAUCCCAGUCAUCUCCUACUCUUUCUACGACUGCUAAGACCUGUGUUAAUUACUUACGCAGUUUCACUACACUUCCGAUCCCCGUCAUCUCCUCUUUCUACGACUGCUAAGACCUGUGUUAAUUACUUACGCAGUUUCACUACACUUCCGAUCCCAGUCAUUUCCUCUUUCUACGACUGCUAAGACCUGUGUUAAUUACUUACGCAGUUUCACUACACUUCCGAUCCCAGCCAUCUCCUACUCUUUCUACGACUGCUAAGACCUGAGUUAAUUACUUACGCAGUUUUACUACACUUCCGAUCCCAGUCAUCUCCUCUUUCUACGACUGCUAAGACCUGAGUUAAUUACUUACGCAGUUUCACUACACUUCCGAUCCCAGCCAUCUCCUCUUUCUACGACUGCUAAGAUCUGUUUUAAUUACUUACGCAGUUUUACUACACUUCCGAUCCCAGUCAUCUCCUACUCUUUCUACGACUGCUAAGACCUGUGUUAAUUACUUACGCAGUUUUACUACACUUCCGAUCCCAGUCAUCUCCUACUCUUUCUACGACUGCUAAGACCUGUGUUAAUUACCUACGCAGUUUUACUACACUUCCGAUCCCAGUCAUCUCCUCUUUCUACGCCUGCUAAGACCUGUGUUAAUUACUUACGCAGUUUUACUACACUUCCGAUCCCAGUCAUCUCCUCUUUCUACGACUGCUAAGACCUGUGUUAAUUACUUACGCAGUUUCACUACACUUCCGAUCCCAGUCAUCUCCUCUUUCUACGCCUGCUAAGACCUGUGUUAAUUACUUACGCAGUUUCACUACACUUCCGAUCCCAGUCAUCUCCUCUUUCUACGACUGCUAAGACCUGUGUUAAUUACUUACGCAGUUUCACUACACUUCCGAUCCCAGUCAUCUUCUCUUUCUACGACUGCUAAGUCAUGUGGUCAUCUCUUAUGUAGUUUCACUACACUUCCGAUCCCAGUCAUCUCCUCUUUCUAUGACUGCUAAGGCAUGUGUUAAUUACUUACGCAGUUUCACUACACUUCCGAUCCCAGUCAUU